AGAGUAAUCAUGGAAAGAGAUGCAUAUCCAAGAAAAUGGGGUCUGGGACCAAAAGCUUCCAUAAAGAAGCGUAUGAUAAUUGAAGGCAAGUUAGAUAAAUAUGGGAAACCAAAUGAAAACACACCUGCUGACUGGUUAGCAAAUUAUACAGAUUAUUCUACAUCUGGAAUUAAGACUGAGGAAAAUGGUGUUAUUGAUGCUGUGGCUAAAAAACGAAAAUGGGAAGAGAUAGUUACACAAUCUACAACAGAGGUUACAGUAAAAGAAGAAAAAAUUGAAGAUCCAGAAUUAGCAUCACCAAAAGAAAAAAAGAAAGAUAAAAAGGAAAAAAAGAAGAAAAAGAAGAAGGAGAAAACAGAAUCUGAAGCUGAUGAAUCUAUGAUAGUAGAAGGUGCAACGGAGGAAGCACCAACGAAAGAAGAAAAAAAGAAAAAGAAGAAGAAGAAAGAUAAAGAUCAAGAUCAAGAAGCACCAUCUUUAAGUUGA